AUUAUAAAGACUCUUCUCUUUGAAAGCUCCUCCUCCUUAAUUCCCAGUUCAAGCCACAUCUUUCCCUACUUCUAUUCUCUCUCUCUAGUUCUCUCCUCUGUGUGUUUUGUUUAGCCUAUGCAGAGGAAGAGAAGGAGAUCAUGGAGCUUGGUUUGAGCUUAGGAGACACGUCAAGGCCUCUACUUGGGUUCGUGGAAAAGCCUCGUGAAGCUUCCAACCAACUCGGGUUAAGCUUCAACACCACGUUAUCAAUAGGUCCAAUCAUCACUAGACAAAAAGAUCAAGAAGAAGAAGAAGAAGCAAAACCAAAGAAAAACACCAACACUCAUAUAGCUGAAGAUCCUUGUGAUCUUUCCUCAAAGUCCAACACCCCAGUUCUUCAUCAACUUGAUCUCCUUCCUCAGCUAUCUUUCCCAUGGCAAGCUCCUUCUGAAAAUGGGAGUUUAUCAUCUGAAUUGGGGGGUUCAUCAAGGGGUUUAGACGUGAACGUGCAACCGGCGGCUGCGGCGGAGGAUGAGGCGGAGGAAGUGGCAGCUUUGUCAUCGUCACCAAACAGUGCAGCAUCAUCAUUCCAAAUGGAUCUCUGCAUAUACAACAACAGAGGAGGGAGUUUCAGUGGUUCAGGAGGGAACUACUAUAAGAGAGACUCAGAGGGUGAAGCUUAUGAUCAAAGGGCUUCUUCAAGAGCCAGUGAUGAAGAUGAGAAUAACGGUGGUGGUGUUGGUGGCGGCAAUACAAGGAAGAAACUAAGACUCUCUAAGGAACAAUCUGCUUUCCUUGAAGAGAGCUUCAAAGAACACAACACUCUUAACCCUAAACAAAAACUUGCUCUUGCUAAACAACUCAAUCUGCGCCCUCGUCAAGUUGAAGUUUGGUUUCAAAACCGAAGAGCAAGGACUAAAUUGAAGCAAACAGAAGUGGAUUGUGAGUAUUUGAAGAGGUGUUGUGAGACAUUAACGGAAGAGAACAGGAGGCUUCACAAGGAACUUCAAGAAUUGAGGGCUUUGAAGACUUCAAACCCAUUCUACAUGCAAUUACCAGCUACUACCUUGACUAUGUGUCCUUCUUGUGAGCGCGUGGCUACAAAUUCCACCUCCAAUUCCUCUUCAGCCACACUUAGUGCCACUAUCAACGCUAAUAAUACAGGAGCCAAUGCCACAGCCACAGCCACAGCCAAAACUAGCAAUGACUCCACCUCCAAAGCCAUUGGAUUCCCCUUUGGUAAACCAAGGUUUCAUCCAUUUGUUCACACCAACCAACCCCAUCAACACCAGUCCCCAGCAUCUUGAAGAUAGGUGGUUCAAGACUAGUAUAUACUCUUUGAGUGCUGCUGAAUGGUGGGGGAAGUUGAAGCUUGGAAAUUGAUUUGAUUUUUGUAUAUAGGGAAGUUAAUUCUAAGAGGCUGAUAGUUUUUUUUUCUUCUUUUUUUUGGAGGCUCCAUAUAGAAUUUUGAUAAUUGGGUUUUGUUUUUCCUUGUUUGAAUCUCUUUGUAUAUUCCUUCUUUCUUUGGUUUUAUCGAUGGUGAAAUCAGAAAGAAGGGAGAAGAAAAUUUUAGAUAGUGAAGAUAGAUAUCAAAGAGAAAGGGCAAUGAUACUGGAUUUUGUAAUAGAAAAAUUCUCUCUUCUCUUUUAUUAAAUGCCAUGGGUCUUUAAAUUCAUG